AAAUUGAACAUCCUAUCGUAAAGUGCUAAUUUUGUAGCCUCUAGUUAGUAGUUUGCAUUUUGUUGUUGGGGUUAAUAUAGUAAAUUGUGGUUAUUUAAUGGCUAUCACAUCUACCUGACUUGAUGAAAGUUUUCCAAAAUGAGCAGUUCAGAGGAAGUGUCAUGGAUCUCCUGGUUCUGUGGACUACGGGGAAACGAAUUCUUCUGCGAGGUUGAUGAAGACUACAUUCAGGAUAAAUUCAACUUGACAGGACUCAAUGAACAGGUUCCACAUUACAGGCAGGCUCUCGAUAUGAUUUUGGACCUGGAGCCAGGUAAGGGCAGAGAUGAGGAGCUGGAGGACAACCCUAACCAGAGUGACCUGAUCGAGCAGGCAGCUGAGAUGCUGUACGGUCUGAUCCAUGCGCGCUACAUCCUCACCAACCGUGGCAUCGCCCAAAUGCUGGAAAAGUACCAGCAGGGAGACUUUGGCUACUGCCCCAGAGUCUACUGUGAGAAUCAGCCCAUGCUGCCCAUAGGCCUUUCUGACAUCCCUGGAGAGGCCAUGGUGAAGCUCUACUGUCCCAAGUGCAUGGAUGUGUACACGCCCAAGUCCUCCCGGCACCACCACACGGACGGGGCCUACUUUGGCACAGGCUUCCCCCACAUGCUCUUCAUGGUGCACCCCGAGUACCGGCCCAAGAGACCUGCCAACCAGUUUGUGCCCAGGCUCUAUGGCUUUAAGAUCCAUCCAAUGGCUUACCAGUUGCAGCUGCAAGCCGCCUCCAGCUUCAAGAGUCCAGUCAAAGCCAUCCGCUAGGACCCCAUCCCAGGGGAAUGGAUGGAGGAGAAGGAGAGGGCGAGGGGGGGGUAAUUAUCAAUGAUGGAGAGGAGGGGGUGGUGUACCUCAGUUACCACACAACACACACACACACACACACCCACCCACCACUGCGAGGGCAGAAAAUAAAUGUUUUGUUUUAGACUUAGUGACCUUGAGAGAAGACAUUAAAGUAUCAAGAGUGUGUGUUCUAUAUAUAAAAACUGGAUGGAUGGCUUAAAAAAGAAAAAUCAAGUUCUCUUCUCUUGUCACAUGCACACAUGCUCAUACACCUCGUGUACACACACACACACACACACACACACACACACACACAUAGUGUGAGAAGGGGAGAGGAUAUCCCACUGUUUUGAAUAUUUGCUCUCCUGUCCGUGGUCAUGGCAAACCCUUUUUUGUUUUAAACCAGGAUGUUACAUUUGAAGUGCAGACUUCAGCUUCAGUAGUGUUUCAGUAUUGUCUCCCAUUCUAGUGAGCAACCCCCUUACCCACGACUCGUUUUCAUACUAUGGCGUAGAAAGGUCCCUCGGGUUUGUGUCCCGAGCCUCUUGCGCAGCUGUUCCCCAGCACUUUGCGGUUGAAACAAGCGGAGCCCACAGGUGACCGGUGAAGGCACCAGGCCUGACACGGGGCAGUCUUGUGCCUCUCUCUGUCGCUCGUCACUGUUUUCAUAGCAGGAAAACAGAUGGCUUUUUGGGUCGACUCUUAAAUGGUCAUUUGCAUGGCAUCCUUUGACGUUUCACAGUUGCGCUGCUCAAACCACCCAGUCUUAAAUUGCCUUAAGUGCAGUCAGUGGAAGCCCUCGGGUGCAUAGAAGGGUCACAGUGUGUGUGUUAGGACUGGAAGGCAGAGGCUGUGUGUGUGUUGGUUCUUGGCUCUGUUGCAGCGACUCUGCAGGGCUGAACUGUUGGCCCUUGUAUUGUACUGCUAAUGUCUCUUGUGACGGCUGGAAGUGUUUGGGGGACAUCUGGAAUGGCGACGUGUUCACACAACCCCCCUCCCCCUUUCUCUUUCUCACAAGCAAACAUACACACAAACAAACAAACACACACACUCAUGUUUAUCAGGCACGCACAAGCACUGAUUCAUGUUGGUGGUUCCUCUGCCUCCAGUAGAACAAUUUAUGUGAGAUGCGCAACGACAUGCCUCCAUGGUGACAUUUUGUGUUCCUCUUCUCUGUGUGUGUGUUUUUCUGACUUCCUACUCAGAGUGCAUCAGAUGUUAUUUGUGUGGUAGGCCAGAUGUACCCAGCUUUCUAAGUUUUUGAAAGAAAUUACACAUACGACGGACGGAUGGAGUGGACUGUAAUUAUUGUUAGUUUUAAAAUUGUUUUUUUUUUUUUUUUUUUUUUUUUUUUUCUGGGUUCUUUUUUUGCUGCUGUUAAAAAGAGGAACCAGGGUUCAAAUUUCACAAUAAACAUUUUUUUUCCUAACAAGUCUGA